CCCACAUUUUCAUAAAGAGUGAUCCUGAAUUUGUGUGGAAGCAUGGUGAACCACUUCUCCCAAUACACCGUUCUCCUUCUCCUCCUCACUACAUCAAUUGCUCUUGUGAUGGUCACGGUGGCAAGUAGUGAAGCGUGCAAGAAGGAUGACGGUGUUGAGGAUAAUUAUUGCUCAUCGUUGCAGCGAUUGAAUAGAUGUGAAGAAAAGAUUUAUUAUAUGGAAGGAAAAAGCUGUAAUCAAGAAUCGUGUUUCCAUAUUUGUAAGCUAAAGCACUUUGGUCAGGAAGCUAUGGGAAUAUGCCGUGUUAGCUUCUUAAGGCGUCCAAGUCCAUACCCUAUGACAGUUCUACGAUUCUGCAGUUGCGUCUACGACUGUUAAUGUAAUAUGAACUACUAUCUAAUGUAUGA